AUGGUAUCGAUAGGUGAUAUUCUAGCUAUGAUCGUUGACGAUAAUGACUCUUGUUCUGAUAUUUCAGGCAGUGAAGGCUCAAACUGAUCUUCUGGUUCUUAUGACAGCCAACAUCGUCGUUAUAAUCAUGGCUGCUCAAGCUGCGGAUAUUGUAGAAGUUGUUAUGAUAAAUACGGCUGCAACAAAGAUAGUUUUGACUCGAUGGAUCUUAUUUUCCAAGACGAUUGAGAGACGCCAAUAGAAUUCGUGAUUCAAGAUACUACAGAUCAAAAUUAUUGAAAUAGCUUUUUUUCUGAGACAAUUAAAUGUACAAAAAAUUUUUAUUUUAAAAGAAAUUCUAAAAAGAUGAAAAAUGAUAAAGUUUUUAAAAAAGCAAAUUUGCUAGGAAAAAAUAAUUGGAAAAAUGAAAAAAUCCAAAACUUAAAGAGAAAAAGCAGAGAAAAGGCGAAGAAAGUUGACUAUUUAAAUGGCUGGUAUUAA